AUGGCAGCCAAACUCAUUGAUAAACGACUCCACAAUGUGCCCGGCAAGAUGCGGGUGGCCGAGUGGUUUUUCGACGUUCCAGUCGAUUACAGCAAGCUACCGGCUGAGGGUAACACACUCAGGCUGUUUGUUCGCAGUGUCUCACGUCUAGACACUCCCGUUGAGCAGGCCUCCAAGGAAGAAAGCAAAUCUCCAAUUCCAUGGCUUGUCUACCUUCAAGGUGGACCGGGCUUUGGGUGUGGUCCCCCACAAAACUACGCUUGGGUUGAUUCAGUGCUUAAUAAGGGGUACCAUGUAUUGUUCCUAGACCAACGUGGUACUGGUCUCAGCCAGACCAUCACUGCGGAAACUCUUGCUCGUCAAGGCAAUGCCAUCCAGCAGGCUGAGUACCUCAAGAAUUUCCGUGCGGACAAUAUUGUCAAUGACUGCGAGGCUCUUCGCUUGGACCUCACCAAGGACUACCCAGAGGACCAACGGAAAUGGAGCAUCAUGGGUCAGAGCUUCGGUGGUUUCUGCGCCACCACUUACCUUUCGAAAUACCCCGAAUCUCUUAAGGAAGCGUUCAUCUGUGCUGGACUGCCUCCUAUGGUCAAUGACCCCGAUCCAGUCUACGCCCGGACCUAUGAAAAGGUCCUGGAGAGAAACAUCGUCUACUAUGACAAAUACCCAGAGGAUGCAGAGCGAGUCAAGACGAUCAUGAAGUAUUUGGCUGCUAACAAGGUCGCCUUGCCUUCGGGAUGGCUCACCCCAGCUCGAUUCCAACAGCUUGGUAUUAUGUUCGGUUUCCACGGUGGUAUCGAUAGUGUGCACGAUAUUGUUCUCCGGACGUGGCACGAUCUCCAGAUUUUUGAUUCUCUCACGCAGCCGACUCUGGCCAUAAUUGAUGGUAGCGGUGGCAUGGACAAGAAUGUCAUUUACGCUAUCCUGCACGAAGCUAUUUACUGCCAAGGCAAAUCGUCGCGGUGGUCUGCCGACAGAAAAAUAAGCGAGGAUGUUCGAUUCCAAACCAGCGGCUCUCAGCCAGAGAUCUUCUUUACUGGAGAGAUGGUUUUUGAAAACAUGCUCGACUCGUACUCGGAACUUGAUCAAAUCCGAGAAGUGGCACAGAUUUUGGCUGAAGCCGAGGACUGGCCUGCCCUAUAUAAUGAGGAACAGCUGGCAAAGAACGAAGUCCCAGUUUACGCUGCUACGUAUAUCGAUGAUAUGUAUGUGCACUUUGAUCUAGCGUCCAAGACUGCCGCAAAGAUCAAGGGUAUCAAGCAGUUCAUCACCAACACGAUGUAUCAUGAUGCACUGCGGAGCAAGUCUGGCGAAGUUAUGCGUCAACUCUUCGCUCUGCGCGAUGAUACUAUUGACUGA